UAUUCACAUCAAUCGACGUAUUGUAAUUUAAAACUGGGAUAUUUCUGGGCACCUAAUAUCCGUGCUUUGGGUCCCAAGCCUCUGGUGUCAUUGGCGAAUGACCGAAAAUGUCCCACUGUAGGUUAUUUGGCAGGCUGCUUUUGCAGCAAAGUGGCGUCAGGCACUGCUACACAGGAUCCAGACAGAACCUCUACAUCACAAAGAACACUAAGGUCAUCUGUCAAGGUUUCACAGGAAAGCAGGGGACAUUUCACAGUCAACAGUCUCUUGACUAUGGAUCGCAGUUAGUCGGAGGUGUGUCUCCUGGCAAGGGAGGCAAAACUCAUCUUAACCUGCCUGUCUUCAACUCCGUCAAGGAGGCGAAGGAAGGCACAGGAGCUGAUGCCACCGUGAUAUAUGUGCCCCCUCCAUUUGCUGCAGCUGCCGUCAUCGAGGCCAUUGAUGCUGAGAUUCCCCUGGUGGUGUGCAUCACUGAGGGCAUCCCCCAACAGGACAUGGUGAAAGUGAAACAGAGACUCCUGCGCCAGAGCACCACUCGCCUCAUCGGGCCCAACUGCCCGGGGGUCAUUAAUCCUGGAGAGUGCAAGAUAGGAAUCAUGCCUGGCCACAUUCACAAAAAAGGAAGGAUCGGUAUUGUUUCUAGAUCAGGCACUCUGACAUAUGAGGCCGUGCACCAAACUACACAGGUUGGCCUUGGCCAAUCCCUCUGCAUCGGUAUUGGCGGGGAUCCGUUCAACGGUACAAACUUCAUAGAUUGCCUGGAGGUGUUCCUGCAGGAUCCCAAGACAGAGGGCAUUAUCUUAAUUGGGGAGAUUGGAGGCGACGCAGAGGAGAGUGCAGCAGACUAUCUUCAACAACACAACUCGGGUGCGAACGCCAAGCCCGUGGUGUCCUUCAUCGCUGGGCUUACUGCCCCUCCCGGGCGUAGGAUGGGUCACGCCGGUGCUAUCAUCGCUGGCGGAAAAGGAGGCGCCAAAGAGAAAAUCGCUGCCCUGCAGUCGGCUGGAGUUGUCGUCAGCAUGUCCCCCGCCCAGCUGGGCAGCACUAUGUUCAAGGAGUUUGAGAAGAGGAAGAUGCUGUGAGCAGUUUGAGCAGAUGUGUGACUUCCAAGAUGAACAACCUGAUUCUGGAUGUGCAUAUGCCCCCAUUCUCUAACCCUGAUUAUCUCAGCCACCAUAAGCACAUAUUCUGUGUUUAUAUUGUAAUUCUGUUGAACUUGCACACAAUGAAAGAUAGAAAGUAUCUUGCUGAUAUUUAAAAGAGGUCCAUUAUACACCAUGUCAAAGCUUUGCAGAUUUUCCCUUGCUCCACUUAAUGUUAAAAGCUGAGAUAAGACUGCCAUUGUAACUUUAGGUUGACCUUAUCUGUUAUUGUAAGAAGUGUAUUCCAUCAUUUGUAAAUGGCUGCCCAUCUGAAUAAGAUCUAUUUCUCAUCAUCA